GUUACAUAUUUAAAGGGGCAUGUUCAGCAUCCAGUUUAAUUCAUGAACUGAGUAUAUUUUUCUUGAAAAAAAGAGAAGCAGUAAAUGGAUUACUGCACUAUAUAUCUAUGACAUUUGUUUUUUUAACAGAUGAUUUGUUUCUCUCAUCUAAUGCCUUAAAUUCUUGGUAGCAUGAUUUUUCAUCAGUUUUUAUGUUUAUUUUUUGGCUGGUGUUCGUGGGCUGUAUGAACCGACUGUUGGCCGUUAGUAUUUACAUUUAAAACGUUAAAAUUUAUUCCUUUUGUCAGCCGAGGGGCAGAAUAUCUGCCAUAAAGCUCAACAAAAAUUUAUUUCUAUUUUUAAGGCUGGUCUGUCAGGAUUUUCAGGAUGUUUCUGAUUUAUGCCGUGGUCUUCUUUUUGGGAAUUGUUGGACUUGUUUGAGAUUCAAAAAUGCAUUCCAUUUUUCUUCUUGUGCUUCUCUUAUACUUGCCAUAUUUUGUUAUUUAUUUAUUUAUUUAUUGAGACUAUUAACAUGUUUGCAUAUUUAUUUAUUGAGACUAUUAACAUGUUUGCAGCCCACUUCUUUACAUUGUAGCUUUGUAAUGGAUUCCACUACAACAAAUUCACAAUGCUGCCCGUUUUCAAUUAACUUAUGGCCCACUGGUGAAGGCACUCGAAGGGUGCUUGUGGAACGGUUGAGAAACAAACUCACUACCAAUUCCAUCUUCACUAAGAAGUAUGGCUGUCUUAGCAAAGAAGAGGCUGAAGAGAGCGCUCAACAGAUUGAGGAUUUAGCUUUUAACACUGCAAGCCAGCUCUAUGAUAGGGGGCCUGAUGGUGAUGGAGGUGCUGCAGUGCAGCUUUAUGCCAAGGAAUGUAGUAAACUUCUCUUGGAAGUUCUUAAAAGAGGACCUGCAGCAAAGAAUGACAAGGUGUUGGCUUCUAAGAAAGAAACUAACAUGACAGGAGAUGAGGGAGCACUCGCCAUUUCUGAGGUAGUGAAGCAUUCUCCACUACUAGAGGAUUUUCGAUGCUCAUCUACAAGGGUUGACUCAAGAGGAAUUGCCUUAUCAAAUGCACUUGAGACUUGUAGCUAUUUGAAGAAGCUUGAUCUCCGUAACAAUGUGUUUGGUGCUAAAGCUGGAGUUGGGCUUAGUAAAUCACUUUUUAAGCAUGCAAAUCUUGUUGGGGUUUACUUGAGCUAUCUCAACUUGGAAGAUGAAGGUGCUGUUGCUAUAGCAAAUGCUUUGAAGGAAUCCGCUCCUUCACUUGAAGUUUUAGAGAUGGCUGGAAAUAAUAUCACAGGUGAUGCUGCCCCUGCUUUAGCUGCUUGUAUAGCUUCAAAGCAGCAUCUUACUAAGCUGAAUUUGUCUGAGAAUGAGCUUAAGGGUGAAGGUGCCACCCAAAUAGGUAAGGCUCUGGAAGGUCUAGCUCAGUUAAAAGAAGUUGAUAUGAGCAACAAUUCAAUGAGAAGGGCAGGUGCUCGUAUGUUGGCUCAGGUAGUUAUUGAAAAACCUGGGUUUAAGUUGUUGAACAUUGAUGGGAAUAUCAUCUCUAAUGAAGGUGUUGAUGAGGUCAAAGAAAUAUUCAAGAAAUUCCUGACAUCCUUGGGCCUUUGGAUGAGAAUGAUCCCGAAGGAGGAGAUGACAGUGAGGAAUCUGGAGAAGGACAAGGUGAAGGCGAAGCUAAUGGGGAUGACUUGGAGUCUAAACUAAAGAAUCUUGAAGUUAGCCAAGAUGAUUAGAGUUCUCUAGUCUUUCUUUUUAACAACUUCUGCUGCUUUAGUAAACUGCAGGACAUUAAGAACUGUAGGAAAUAUAUAUUGACUAUUUUCCUGAAUUUUAUCCUGCAUCCUGCGCAGGUGUCAUUCUAGCAAAAGCCUAACUGAUGGCUUUUAGUAGGUUAGGUUUUUGUAGACUAUUUAUCCCUAUGCAUUUGACAUGUAUUGAACUUUAACUUCCCCUGAUAUGUGGGGAUCCUAUUCACGAGUCAUAUUCUCAAUGGUUGGGGGCUGAUGAUUUACUUA